GCCGCCGCUCGCCGUAGCUGAGUCUCCAACAUGGCGGCUCCCCAGGAUGUCCACGUCCGGAUCUGUAACCAGGAGAUUGUCAAAUUCGACCUGGAGGUGAAGGCGCUUAUCCAGGAUAUUCGAGAUUGUCCUGGACCCUUAAGCAAGCUCACUGAACUGAAUACUAAGGUGAAAGAAAAGUUUCAACAGCUACGACACAGGAUACAGGAGCUUGAGCAAUCAGCAAGGGAGCAAGACAAGGAGUCGGAGAAGCAGCUUCUACUUCAGGAAGUGGAGAACCAUAAAAAGCAGAUGCUCAGCAACCAGACCUCAUGGCGGAAGGCCAAUCUUACCUGCAAAAUUGCCAUCGACAACCUGGAGAAAGCAGAACUUCUGCAGGGAGGAGACUCCUUAAGGCAAAGGAAAACUACCAAAGAGAGUUUGGCGCAGACAUCCAGCACCAUCACAGAGAGCCUCAUGGGGAUCAGCAGGAUGAUGUCACAGCAGGUGCAGCAGAGUGAAGAGGCCAUGCAGACUCUAGUCAGCUCUUCACGGACUCUCUUAGAUGCAAAUGAAGAGUUUAAAUCUAUGUCGGGGACCAUCCAGCUGGGCCGGAAACUCAUCACAAAAUACAACCGCCGCGAACUGACGGACAAACUUCUCAUCUUCCUUGCCCUGGCCCUGUUCCUUGCUACAGUGCUCUAUAUUUUGAAGAAGCGCCUCUUUCCAUUUUUGUAAGUGAGUGCUGCCAGCUAUGGUCCUUUGUACUCCUGACCGCAGGUCGCAGGUCACAGGUCGCAGGUAGGGGCUCUCAAGGACUGGCCGCCAAUCUGGGCUGCUCCUUCCCCGUGGUUUUCUCCUGUGCUAAGUACUCCCAGUGGAGGAAGCACAGCAGUUUCCAGUUUCCUGCAAGAAGCUGCUUGGAAAGGGCGAAUGGACUAGAGGAAAGGAAGCUGUUGGGGCAGAGAUACUCCACGUUACUCAGCUCUCAAGCAUGGUGGCUGCCACAGGGAGCACCUCAACUCUGGGAUUUGAUGCACCUCCUCCCUCUGCGUCCUAAGGCAUAAAUGCUAGAUUUGGUGGAGAGAAGAAAGAGGAGCCUGUGGGAGGGAAGGUGAUGAGAGCCCAUGGCUGUUGCCCGAAUAAACCUCAUUUAUUUAA